AUGGCCGCACCAGGCGACGGGGCCCACCCACGGAUCACGGCGGCACCCCUUGGAUCACGGGCCCGGUCACCAGGCCCCCGGCACCACCCCAUCGCCACCAGCCCCGGAGCCCCCGCGACCAUCUGGUCGACCCCGGAAGUGCGGCGGCAGAGGGGGCGCGGGGGCACGCGGGACCCGCGCCCGGCCGGGUACACCCUCGCCGUCUCGCCCUCGAGGAGGCUUUCGGAAAACUUGGCGAUAGAAAUCCAGCGCGACGACCCGGACCCACGCGGUCACGUGUCCGGGACGGGGACGCCCUCUCCCCGGCCCACCCUCGAGGGCGGGGGCCGGUCCGCGCUCUCCUCCGGAGCGGGACUUGAAAAACAUCCCUCGGAGUCGCCUCCGACGACCGGGCCGCCACCACGGACGGCCCGGGCCGGUCGGUCCCCACCGCCAGAGCGGGACUCGGAAAACGCGGUGAGAAAAGUCGAGUCCGACGACCCGGAGCCACCCGUGCCCGCGGCCGAGCCGCCGCGGUCUCGCCCUCCACGGGCCUCCCCGCAAGGGCCCGACGACCCGGGCCGCACGGGGAACGCCAGCCGGGCUCGGGAACUCCCCCCCCCACCUCGCCGGCCCCGGUCGGUCCCCGAGGGUCGCAGUGGCACCGGCGUCUGCUGGUCGACCCGUCCGGGCGGCCCCGCACACCCCGCCGGCCUCGAGGAGCGCGGCGACAGCCACCCCCCCACACUCUCCUGCACGUCCAAUCUCCGCCCGGCGGACGACGCGCCCGCGCCCCAGCACGACCGGGACCGAUCCCGCCACUGCCACCGGCCUCCCGGAACUCCGCCUCGGUCACCGCGGCCAAGUCACCUCCCUUGCCGAGGUCGCCGGAGCUCCGGAGGACAGAAACGAUAUAAAAGCGGCCGCCAGGUGGCACCGGACAACCGGCGCGAACGUCAGCGGGACGGAUCCGGAUCCCUGGCCGGCCGGGGCGCGCAGCCGGGCCGCCUGGCGGCCCGACCCCGUCCCGACCCACCCCGGGUCCCAUCUCCCGGCCCGGCGCGGCCAGGGGGCAUCCGCCUCGGGGCUCCCAGCCGGCACGGCGCGACCCCGGCCGCCGGAGAGGGACUCGGAAAACGUGUGUGCUUCGGGCGCUCGCCCGUGAGGGGACGGGGAACAUUCCCUCAGAGACGCCAGCAGGGGCGCCGGGACUGCCGGCACCGGCUGGCUUCCCGGGGUGGCCCCGAGCGCUUCCCGGGCUCCCGGGAGGACUCAGGGAAACGCGGCGGGCGGGGCACCGCCAAAACGAAACCGGGCGAGUCGUCAGAGGACGACGACGACAGGGGAACGACGGAGCAACUGUCCGCAUCCCGUCACUUCCAACCCGCGACGGCUUCCCAAGGCAGGCAGGCAAAGCCCAGAGGCCGCCGGGGGGAAACGACGGCGACGCCUGACCGCACGGAGGUUGAAGAGACACGAACGUGUCUCCCUCCGCGCGGGCCGCGACACAGUCCCGAGACAGCGCGCGGGGCUGGGGAGCGUGGGUGCAAAUGCACCAGUGGCGACCAGAAUAUCGAUGUCAGCGGUCCUUACCGUCGUGACAAGCGAGCAGACCCACAGAAAGUGCCCUCCCACACCCACACGCGCGCCCUCGCGCGCGCAGAGGAGGCGGAAGCCCGCGAGGCGGCAGAGGGGGACGAGAGAGACACGGGCCUCGGAGGACCCCGGCACCCGAGGCCACGGACGGCGCCCGCACCGCCUUCGCCCGACUCGAGGGAGGAGGAGGGGAGAGACGCGGGCGGGCGCACGGGGGCACGGGCCAGCGGCACGGGCGGGGCCCCGCCGGGGAGGAGGGGGACGGAGGCGGACGCCGCCGGGCGCCGAGGGGCACACGGCGCGGCCACGCGCGCGGAGCCGGAGGAGGAGCAGCGUCGGGCGCGGAAGGCCGCGCACGGCCGCCUCCCACCCGUCCCGCGCGCGGGCCACGGCGGCCCGCCGGGCGACGGAGGCGGCGCCGCCCCCGCCCCCCGAGGGCCACCGACGAGCGGGCGCCGGCGUUGGGGGGGAGGUCUCGGCGCGGGCGGAGGCGCCGUGUCUGCACUUAGGGGGACGGAGGGCCCGGGACGGGGCCCUGCGAGGGAACCCCCAGCCACGCUCCCCGGGGAGGCGACGCCCCGGGGGCGAUUGAUCGUCAAGCGACGCUCAGACAGGCGGGGAGCCCGCCCCUGGCACGGCACAACCCCGGAGGGUGCCUCCGGCCGGCCAGCGAGAGACAACGAGACCGGACACCGUGAGGUCGGAAGGUUGGACGACGGGGCGUCCGGCACCGGCCCCGCGGGGACGGGCUCAGACACCCCACAGGCGCCCGGGGGUUCCCGCCUCCGGCGAGGACGCGGGGCGCACGCGGACGCGCGCGCGGCACGACGGCCGCCGGGGAUGCCCCCUCCCGGCGGCCGCCGCGACCGCGGCGCCGCACGGCGCCCCGGCCCGCGGAGGCGGAGCCUGGGGGAGGAGAAGGAGGGCCGUGGCUCCCCGACUCGCUCCCCGCGGGCCCGACCGCCCCGACCCGAGGCGGACGGGCGAGACCCCCAGGGGUCUUUAAACCUCCGCGCCGGGACGCGCUAG